AUGCCGAAUAUUCCUGAUUGCUUUCAAGUUAGUGAACAAGACAAAACUAAAGCAUAUUGUACAAUUUGUGCGAGAGGUACUGGCCGGAAGUACAUUUCACUGAAAUCUGCAAAAGACCAUAUCAAGUCUAGUGUGCAUGUUAAGGCAGAGCAGCUUUUUAAUGCAGCUAAGGCUGAAGAAGCAGUCAUCAGAGAGAAGCAAACAGCAGAAUUAAAGGAAAGGGAAAGGCUCACCAAUGCUCCCCCUAUCAUGCUCAGACCAAUCCACCUCAUACCAAAGUCUGAUUUCUCUAAAUCAUUUCCAGAGGACCUUGCAAGCAAUAUGUUGGGUUCCAAUGACGAGUUCUGGGACUCAGUCAACCAUGAUCUAGGGCCAAGUGUUGGUCAAACACAGGAAAAUCAUCAUCGCGAACUUGAAGUGGAUCUUGAUAAAGCACUUGGUGUUUGGAAUUCAAUUGGAUUUGCAGAUGUUCUAGGAGAUUGCAAGGAAGAUGAUCAAGAAGCUUUGUUGCGACAGCAAGAAGAGGAAGAGCUUCUUGCCGAUGUGAUGGCAGGUGCAGCUAUGUGUGACCAUCAAUUCCAUCAAGUUCUGUAUGGGGCCACACAUCCAACAAGUUCACAUUGGGAUCCGUACGACUCCAAGACGAUGUGUAUUUUGGACGUACUUGACAACCUUCAACGACACCGUAUAUCAGACUCUCUAAUGAAGCUCAUUAUCUGGGCUCUAAAAGAAUGUGGAGUUCAAGACACCCCUUCUUUCUAUGCUCUACGGAAAAAACAAGCCGAACUAUGCAAUUCUCAAGGAGUACCGAACAUUGAAUGCAAGUCCGUUCAAGGGAAUAUUUUCUAUAUCAAUGAUAUUCGGGCCAUUAUUGCACAUGAUUGGACCAACCCUCAAACUCGCCGGCAUAUCCAUAUUUAUCCUGAGAUCCCUGAGACUGGAACUGUCACGGAAGUAUGGCAUGCUGAGAAAUGGAGGCGAACCAUGAAUCUGGAUAUCCUGAGUCCAAUGUUUGAUGGAGGAAACUCAAAGCAUUUCUACGUUUUUGAGCUGUCUAGGCUUAGGAAUGGAGAACUGGUUAUCCCUAUUCAUUGGCUCACUUACAAAGGCAAAGUGGUUGCUGAUGCUUUUUCUGUUUCUAUUAAUGAACAUUGUGAAGCACAUAUUAACGACACUGAGACUAAGUUAAUCUUAGCGGAUGAACUUGAGGCAAAUUAUCUUGACCUUGAGUACGAAAAAAGUCUUCCAUCUGCAUGGACAGCACUCUCUGUUGUAGCUGGGCAUAUAGAGAGAAUGCCUAACAAGUAUCAGAAACUAGCAGAUGGUGACCCCAUUUAUACAAGCUUUAUAUCUUACUUUGGCGACGACGUAUCUGGGAAUCGUUCCAAGUCAUGGAACAAACACAACAACUCAUACAUCACUCAUCAGAAUCUUCCCCGAAAGCUCCUUCAGCAGGAAUUUCAUGUUCACUUGAUUUCGACAUCUCAAGUUGCAACCAUUGUGGAGCAGUAUCAGAAUGUGAAGCAUCUGAUUGACUCUACACACACCAAUCCUAUUUGUAUACAGGAUCCAGCAACUGGUAAUCCAUCACGAUUUAUGAUUCGCUUAUACUCCGAUCCAUCAGACAAUCCAGCACAAAGUGACGUUGCAAGUCAUAUUGGAGCAAAGGGCAACUAUCCCUGUCAGAAAUGUGAAAUGGGCGGAACGGAAGACCAUAGAUCAACCAAUGAGGGGUUCCAUUCAAUAUUCAAGCCUGGUACUCCUCGGACAAGUGAAAGAAUCAAAAAUGAGUUGAAUGCUCAAGUCAAAUUAGCAUGUUGUGGAAUUUCCAAGCCUAUUCAAGAACGACAAACAGCAACAGGCACCAAGGACGCUUACACUCAGUAUUGGAUUGAUCAAUUGAUCAAUCGUUUUCGAGAUGAAAAAUUGACAAAUCCAAAUUCAACGACGAACGAGAUCCAAAACAAACUGUUGUCUUGGGUGGCAGAGAACGAUAAAACAAUAUACAAUGGAUUUCUUACAACUGAAGGGUUCGAUCCUGCGCAAGAUACUCCUAUCGAAAUUCUACACACAGUUCUACUCGGUCUCGUCAAAUAUAUUUGGCACUACACACAAACAAAGUGGACUGAGAAACAGAAAAUUAUAUACGGUCAAUGUCUACAAGCGACAGACACUGAUGGUCUUUCCAUUCAGUCUAUUAGGGCGGAGUAUAUUGUUCAUUUUGCAAAUUCCCUCAUUGGACGACAAUUCAAAGCAAUCGUGCAAACAGCAGUCUUCCACAUCUAUGAUCUUGUCGACACAGAUCACUUCCGUACCUGGAAGGCAGUGGCCACACUGUCGGCGCUGCUUUGGCAUGUUGAAAUUGACAACAUGGAUCAAUAUUGUCAUGAUGUUGAAACUGCGACUGCAAAUGUCCUUGAUAUGUUCGCAGUACUGGAUCCUACCAAGAUUCUACGGGAAGAUCAAGUUGCAUCUGCUUGUACAUCUUACUGA